UUGUUUUGUACAUUCAGUGGCGCAACGGAUCUGUGAGAUCUUGGGAAUUCGUCUAUUGAAAUGACUGUAUUGUUCUUGAAGUGAAUCGGAGCUGUGUCCGAUUUCUAAUUUUUCUCUAGCCUUCCACCGUCCGCUGUCAAAAUGUCGAAUACAGUUUUAGACAAGGAUACUUUCUUCCGGCGCAUGAGGAAGCUGUACUCGGCGUGGAAGGAUAGCGAAGGAAGCAAUGAUGAUGGCUUUUCGAAGAUGGAUGCCCUUGUAUCGGCAGUUGGUGAAAACGACGAUAUUAUGUACAGCAAAUCGUCAGCUUUGCAAACUUGGCUGCUUGGUUAUGAACUCAAAGACACCAUUAUGAUUUUGACAUCAGAGGCUAUUCAUUUCCUGUCCAGCAAGAAAAAGAUUGAGUUCUUGCGUCAAAUCGAAGCAAGUAAGGAUGAAAAUAAUGUACCACCUGUGAAGCUCCUUACCCGUGAAAAGGGUGAUGUUGAUAAGAGCCAUAUGAAAAAGCUCAUUGAAGAAAUCAAGAAGAGCAAGAAUGGAAAGACCAUUGGUGUUUUUGGAAAGGAGAAUUAUCCUGGUGCCUUUGCUGACUUAUGGCGCAGCAUGCUAAAGAAAGAAAACUUCGAAACUGUUGAUGUAAGCCCUGUAGUGGCCUACGUUAUGGCCCCCAAGGAGGAGAAUGAAUUAGCAAUUGUCAAAAAGGCCAGUAAUGUUACAAUGGAUGUAUUCACCAAGUACCUGAAGGACCAAUUGAUGGAAAUUAUUGACUCUGACAAAAAAGUGAAACACAUGAAGCUAGCUGAAGGAGUAGAUCAAGCCUUAACUGACAAAAAAUAUGUGACAGGGGUGGAUACUAGCCAGGUUGACACCUGUUAUCCUGCUAUCAUCCAAUCUGGUGGCAAUUAUGCUCUCAAAUUCAGUGUGACGAGUGACAAGAACAUUCUUCACUUUGGUGUGAUUGUGUGCUCGUUGGGUGCCCGAUACAAGUCCUACUGUUCAAAUAUUGUUCGUACCUUCAUGGUGAACCCACCUGAAUCCAUGCAAAAUAACUAUAAUUUCCUUGUUUCUGUUGAAGAAGAAAUUCUCAAAGCCUUAGUAGCUGGAGCCAAACUUUCUGAUGUUUAUGAAAACGUACUUUCAUUUGUCAAAAAGGAGAAGCCUGAAUUUGUUGACAAACUAACCAAAACGUUUGGCUUUGCUAUGGGUAUUGAAUUUCGAGAAAGUUCCCUCACAAUUGGACCUAAAACAACAGCUGUUGUUAAAAAGGGUUCAGUCUUUAAUGUGAAUGUUGGUCUAUCUGGUUUGACCAACAAAGAAGCUUCUGAUAAGGAGGGUAAAACUUACGCAUUGUUUAUUGGUGACACAGUGAUUGUUAAUGAUGGUCAACCAGCAACUAUUUUGACACUCCUGAAGAAAAAAAUUAAUCACGUCGGAAUCUUUUUGAAAGAUGAAAAUGAAGAUGAUGACGACGAUGAUGAUGAUAAUGAAGGAGAGAAGGGUGAGCAAUCAGGCAAAUCUGACCAAAUUUUGGGUAGAGGAAGAAGAACUGCAGUCCUUGAUUCUAAACUUCGAACGGACUCUUCAUCGGAAGAAAAGCGUAAGCAGCAUCAGAAAGAGUUGGCUCAGGCUCUGAAUGAAGCAGCUCGUGCUCGCAUGGCCGAGCAGGGAGAGGGUAAAGAAAAAGAAAAGGUCCGGAAGUCUACUGUAUCAUACAAGAGCCGCAGUCAAAUGCCUAAUGAGGCAGAUGUUCGUGAAUUGAAGAUUUAUGUUGAUCGUAAAUAUGAGACUGUCAUUUUGCCUGUUUUUGGCAUACCUGUUCCAUUCCACAUUUGCACAAUCAAGAACAUAUCCCAGUCUGUGGAAGGUGACUACACCUAUCUGCGUAUUAAUUUCUUCCACCCUGGUGCAACCAUGGGCCGCAAUGAGGGUGGCUCUUACCCACAACCUGAUGCUACAUUCCUUAAAGAAGUUACCUACAGGAGUAUUAAUACAAAGGAACCUGGUGAACUCUCAGCACCCUCCUCAAACUUGAACACGGCAUUCAGACUUAUCAAGGAAGUGCAAAAGAAAUUCAAAAAUCGUGAGGCUGAAGAGAGAGAAAAGGAAGAUCUUGUUAAACAAGACACCUUGGUAUUAACUACAAACAAAGGCAAUCCUAAACUGAAAGAUCUUUACAUUAGGCCAAAUAUUAUGACUAAGAGAAUGACAGGUUCUCUUGAGGCUCACACUAAUGGAUUCCGUUUCACAUCUGUUCGUGGAGAUAAAGUUGACAUUCUUUACAACAAUAUUAAGAAUGCGUUAUUCCAGCCAUGCGAUGGUGAAAUGAUAAUUUUGUUGCACUUCCAUUUGAAGCAUGCCAUUAUGUUUGGCAAAAAGAAACAUCUCGAUGUGCAGUUCUAUACUGAGGUGGGAGAGAUCACAACUGAUCUAGGGAAGCACCAACACAUGCAUGACAGAGAUGAUUUGGCUGCCGAACAAGCUGAACGAGAGCUUAGGCAUAAACUCAAGACAGCUUUCAAGGGUUUUUGUGAGAAAGUGGAAGCACUUACCAAGCAAGAAAUUGAAUUUGAUACACCUUUCAGAGAACUUGGAUUCCCUGGUGCUCCAUUCAGAAGCACAGUUCUUCUACAACCGACUAGUGGAUCCCUUGUUAACCUUACAGAAUGGCCUCCAUUUGUUGUAACUCUUGAAGAUGUUGAGCUUGUUCACUUUGAACGUGUCCAAUUCCAUUUGAAAAACUUCGACAUGAUCUUCGUCUUUAAGGACUAUACUAAAAAGGUUGUUAUGGUCAAUGCUAUCCCCAUGAACAUGUUAGAUCAUGUUAAGGAAUGGCUCAACUCUUGCGAUAUCAGAUACUCUGAGGGUAUUCAAUCACUCAACUGGUCCAAAAUUAUGAAAACAAUCACCGAUGAUCCGGAUGGCUUCUUUGAAAGUGGCGGAUGGACCUUCCUUGAUCCGGAAAGUGAUGAUGAAGCAGGUGCUGCUGAAGAGGAGGAAGAGUCUGAGGAUGAUGCUUAUGAGCCUACAGAUGCAGAAACUGAGGAGGAGUCUGAUGAUGACUCCGAAUAUUCAGAAGCCUCUGAAGAUUCAGAAAGUGAUGAGGAAGAACUUGGCAGUUCUGAAGAAUCUGGCAAAGAUUGGUCUGAUCUUGAAAGGGAGGCUGCUGAGGAAGAUAAUGAACGCACAAGUUAUGGGGAUGACUACGAUAAGAAGAAAAAAGGUGGUUCUGAUAGAGGUAGCCACCGCUCUCCAGAUAAAAAAUCUAAACAUAAUGAUAGAGACAGGCACUCGUCAUCCAAGCACAAGAGCAGUCACCAUAAAUCAAGCAAGCACAGUUCUUCGAGCAGGGACAAAGACAGGAAAUCAUCAAGUUCAUCAAAACACAGCAGCCCUAAGAAGAGUAGCAGCAGCAGCAGCAGCAAACGUCCUAGAGAUGACAGCCGAGAUCGUCGUGGUAGCUCGAAAAAACACAAGAAAUAAUGUGAAGAAGAUCAAGAGGAUGGUAUGUGUUGCCACAUUUUAUUGAUGGUCAUUGUUAUACAUACUGUGUGACACAUGGGAGCACUAAGUGUAACUUUCUUAGUUAAACUAAAAUUUAUGUUUAUUUUGUAAGAAACCCUAGAAAGCCUUGAGUAAACAUACCUAUGUAAGGAGUAUUUUAAGUUUACUGUUUCAUCAUACUAUGUUGAUCACUUCCCUCUAAGCACUCACUUAGGUGUAUGCUUGAUAACUCGUCUUCAAUCUCAGUGUAUUCUAAUUUAUUCAGCGUUUAUUAUUAGAAGUUGUACUUCUUAGGAUGUCCUAUUGAAUGUUUGUUACAUCAUACCCUUUUUUAUUUAGUUGUAGUGUUUUAAUGAUUUUGUAGCUACUGUUUUUUUAUGUCAGAAACUGAAGAAGGAGGUUCAAGCAAGCAUGGAAAAAUGUAUGUGCCAAGGAUUUUCAUUCAAACUGUUGUGCAGCAUCUCCAUCAUGCUACUGUUGCCCCCCCCCCUCCUUUUUUAAAAUUUAUUUUGUUCAGGUACUUUUUUGUACUUAGUAACGAAAUUUCUGAAUGCAGUGAUAACAUGUCACCAAUGGUUUGUUAUGUUAAGCUGUAGGAUAUAUUAUACCUUCCUUUUGAAGCAAGUGGUAUAUUUUGAAGUGUGCAUUCUCCAGUUCCUGUCUUUGUACUAGUUUAUUGGAAUUUCAAACAUUGACAAUUUUUAAUUCUUCAAAUUUGAUUUUUUGAUGAGUAAUUAAUUUAUUUUGCAUCAGGGCUGUCCAUUUUUUCAGACCAAAUGGCACACAUUUUCAUAAUGCUAUAGGAACAAUUUAGGUUUAUGACAAACAGCGAGCUUUACACAAUAUGUACAGUGCCCACAACUAUGUACACUUUUCCAAUAUCCUAAUUCAAAAUGCGGUAACGAGAUCCUUGAAUGCGAUUCAGCAGGAGCUCAUAGCACAAGUCCUAUCCAAUAAAAACAAGAUACCAGAUA